GCACCGGCUGGCCUGAAAUUGGCGCCCCGGCGCGCGACGGCGCUACGAACCACGCCGCCCGAGGCAGCCCAUAAAGCACGAGCGACGCGCCCGCGCCCCAUCGGCAGCCGUAAGAACGAUGCCGCGGCUGCUCACCCUCGGCGCCCUGGCCGCCGCGGCGGCCGCCGACGACGCGCCCGUCUUCGCGAGCCCCGUCGCCGGUCUCUGCCAAACGAACGAGUACUACUCGUCGCUAACCUUGAGCUGCCAGCUCUGCGCGCCGACGACGCCGGACCUCGCCGUCGGCAUCGACUUCGAUGGGCUCGGCAACGCGCGCGCGUGCCAGUGCGCGGCCGGCACGAUAUCAAGCUACGCGCCGUGUGCGGGUCGCGGCGGCUACGACGAGGUGACUGGUGAUUGUGCUGGUCUCGUGUGCACGGCGUGCCCCGCGGCAUCGACCAGAGACCGCUCCGCGUGCGCGGCCUGCAACGCGACGCAGGGGUACUCGACAGACACAAAUGAGUGCACCUGCCAAGCGAACGAGAUCCUCGUCGAGAUGGAAGGUACAAAUGGUACGUUUGCCAAAACGUGCGUCGCGUGCGCCCCCGGCACGUUCGCAGUCUGGAUCGAUGAGACGAAGGGCGGCGCCUUCUUUGAGGGAGACCCGUAUGCGUGUCGACGGUGUCCCGACGCGAAAAUGAACGCGGACUGCACGGCGUGUGCCGAGGGCUACACGCUCGUGGGCGACGCGGCGAUGGGGCCCCAGUCCUGCGUGAAGACUGCGCAUGUGACCGAGGCCGAGGAGGCCUUCGGCACUAUAACUGAAGCGACGUCCGUCAAGGUGCUCAACUUGCAGACCGGCGACCCGCACCCUAGGGAGAAAUCAAAGGACUCCUCGGAUGGUAUUGUGGACCUGAGCGACGUCGGCGUCAUGCGGCACUUGUACUUGAAUGCAUCGGUGAGGUGUUUAUAUCAUGACGGCACGAGUGAUGCAGACAAGGCCUGUCAAAGUCUAGCCAAUCUGUGUGUCGUGGCCUCCUACAGAUUGGAACAUCCAGCAUGCAAGGCCUUCUGGGACGACGAGACGGGCCUUAGAGAAUUACGAGACCCGCUCCAUGAGCUGGGCUCGCGGGUCCACGUGCCCUGGCUCUUCUACGAGGGGUCCGGCGAGGACGUGCGCGGAGAUCGGGGUUUGAAAGAAGGUUUUGCUUUUUCCGCUUCUACCCGAAAUAGAAUGCACAGAUUGGAGCUGCGAGCGGCGACGUAUACCUUGAACGGCACCUUUCUUGGUACUAGACCAUUCUCCUCCGACCUAUUUUACUGCGAGACGAGAGCACCUCGCACGGUAUUUGGUGGUGGUCCGAAUUCGGACACGCAGUGGACGCGGUUCGGGCGAAGCACGUGGACGCACUUCCACUGUGAUUUGAGGACUUUAUUAGGGAGAGAACAAUUAUUUUACGAUCUUUAUCUGGUCGAUCCCGACGCGGGCUGUGGGAAUGAGGAUUGUUUGUACCCCAUUCCCAUCUUGCACAAGGACCUCAUUAAUGGAAACCACUACCCAAACAAGAACGGCAAGACGGCGCAAGGUAGAGAUGACAUCUUCGUGAGGCGAUUCAGCUUCUUCAACACGUUUUUAGGAGAAGGGACAGAGCCCACAAAUCAUAUCCAGUACCUGGACGACAUCAUUUUACAUGUCGAGUCGUCGGACAAAAAACUCGCACACAUAAACACGCCCAUUCUCGAGUUGAGGUACAGAACACGUAGAGUAGACGCCAUAACACCACACCAUAGCAAACUACGGGAGGCCCAUAUUGAUGUAAAAAUAGAGUACAGCGCCCCGAACACCGAAUUGUUCGACAACGAGAUGGCCCUGUCGAUCACGUUCUUCGUCAUCAGCGUCCUGUUAAUGGUCUACGCUUAUAGAGUGUGGAGCGGCAACGCGUACUACGAGAUCCAGGGCGUGCCGCAGGAUGAGAAUGUCUGUCUAUAUUACCUGAAGGUCUGGUUACUCUACGCACGCUUAUGCGUCCAUUUAUUUUUCCCCCUCGUGUUCGCGGUCACGUCGUAUAUCCUGAUCUUUUUUAAACUGCAAGAAGACAUAUUCAUGCUCUUACCGAGGGAAAACAGGGAGGACGGCAUGGGCUUCAACUACUAUCCCGUGAGAACGGUCAUCAUCACGAUGUGGGCUUUUCAGACCGGUGUCGUUGCGAAGUUAGUACUGGAUCAAUGUAGCGUAGACAUCUUCUUCGUGGACUGGGAGCGCGCCCGAGCCUCUAGUACGAGGCAUCGCGCACCCGUGUCGGUGUGGCGGACACUUUUUGUCGCGAACGAAUGGAACGAAUUGCAAACGGCCCGAAAAACGAAUAUCAAUUUUGUACUUUUAUGCAUGGCGUUCGUGUUAGUAGGCUACAAGCUGGAGAACGUGGCCUGUAGCUGGCCGGGGUUCUACCUCGCCGACGGCCACCACAACAUCGCUCUCAGAUUCGCGAAUACGACUUGGUGGUUUUUUAUGUUAGCUGGCGGGCAGUAUGCGUGGAACUACUUCUUCUGGGAGCGUUAUAUCAGUGAGCCGAAGGCCCAACAAUUUUUAGACCUAACAACGGUGGCCAAGGUAUCAGUAUUCGUACUAGAUGCAGAAUAUCAUGGCUGGUACCUCCAUGGCGACGCGCCCUUUUCGCACUCAGAUGAUACGAUGAACCAGCUGACGCAGCACUUAAUUAAUGAGUCCAUGUCCGAGUCGAUCGGGCGGGGUCUCGAGAUCGACCAUCCGGACUUACAAACAUUUCAAAUGUGGCUCACACCGGCGUUCCGGAACGCGUGGCACUCGGUCAAUACGGGCAAGCCCCUACCUGUCAAAAAAGAUGAGCCUGUGUCCGAGGAACCCAUUGACGGGGCGCCCCAAUCGAAGAAAGGUAUCGAGGCGCCUCGCUUCUUGCAAGCUUUAUUUGGUCAGAAAGGGAGUAGCUGGUUAAAUCCGGAAGAACAGCCGCAGCAGGUGCGCGUGCAGCGGGCGAAGCGAACGGCUACGACCGAGCAAGUAGGAGCAUUCUUGAGGACGUUCCUCGGCCACGGCUACGCCGAGACCUUUGACCUAGACUGGGAUUUGCGGAUCCCGUCGAUCUGGGAGCGGCUCGUAUUUCAUCCUCCUCCGCUCAAUGAGCGCACACAGGGAACGAAGGGCAAGGUCAUCUUCCAACCAGAUAAACCGUGGUUUGGGGGGGAUGAUGGGUGGACGUGCGUCACGUUCCUGGGCCACGACUACGAGCUGCUGAUGCACGAGAUCCUGACGUUCGCGGUCGCGGACAUCUGGUUCCGCAAUACCUGGUUGUCGAUACUCUGCACGUUCCUCAUGCACCAUUUGGUGAGGAUUGUGAGGGAGAUCCUGGGCGAGUCGAACCUGUCGGAGCGGACGCUGGUGGACCAGCGGUUCCUGAUCUAAGGAUGAAGUGCCU